UUUCGUUCUUUUUUUUUAUUUCAAAGUCGCAUCGGGAAGAGCAAUCAUAGGUGCCGGCGGCCUUGGGUGUACGAGCGAGACAUACUCGUAUGUCAUGUCACCUUUAGAGCAGCCGCAAUGUAUAAUAUCACAAUUGGGAGUAGUGUGGGUCCAAGAGACAGAUGAUAGUAGUGAUCCACCCGGUUCACAAUGUCGACCCUGCAUAAGGUGGGGCCCGCAUAGAAAAAAAUCUGAUUCCCCAACCUCCUCGACCCUUCCCGCGAGGCCGCGGCUGCGAGACGGAAUCCCCAAUCUUGUUCCGCCACUGUCUUCAGAAUCGACCGCCGGCGCCGCUGCCUCGUCGUCUCCUCCUACGGCGCCGCCGCCUCCUCAUCUGCGUAUCCUCGUACGGCGCCAGCACCGUACCCGUUCCCGGUCAUCCUCGUCUUCCACGGCGGCAGCUUCCCCCACUCGUCGUCGAUCUGGCACGGCCAUCUACGACAGCCUGUGCCGCUGGUUCGUGAACCUAAGCCAGAGCGUCGUGGUUUCCGUCAACCACCAGCGACCGGCGCGCCUCGAGCACCAGUACACAUGCGCUCCUCCUACCGGGCCAGAUCUGCAGGCAGGUGAACUCUCCAACAAGCUGGAAUGUUCAUCGGCAACCAUCCGCAUGGAGAGGCUGAUUCAGAUCCAUGAGAAGAAGCAUAUCCACCAGCUUGAUUUGAUGAAGCAGCACCAACAACGGUAGGAAACCGUACAUGGAGCAGGAGGAGAAACGGCAG